CAAACCCUAAAAUCUCAUCAGCCACCGCUCUCUCUCUAGUCUCUUAUUAUAUAUAUAUAUGAUAUUGUGAAAUUUCAAUUAAUUUCAGAACGAAACCAAACCUCCGAAAACGAACGCAGUCUCUCUCUGCUCUUUGGAUCAUCAAUGGCGGGAGGUAAGGCCAGGAAGGACAAACCGAAGCCAAACGCUGCGGCUCACGCUCCUUACCAAGGAGGCAUAUCAUUCCACAAGUCUAAAGGCCAACAUAUUCUUAAAAACCCCAUGCUUGUCGACUCCAUUGUUCAAAAAUCAGGGAUUAAGACCACUGAUACCAUUCUUGAGAUCGGUCCUGGUACUGGAAACUUAACCAAGAAGCUUUUAGAAGCCGGAAAGAUGGUUAUCGCAGUUGAGCUUGACCCUCGUAUGGUUCUCGAGUUGCACAGACGAUUUCAGGGUACUCCUCUUUCCAAUCGUUUGAAGGUUAUUCAAGGAGAUGUGCUGAAAACUGAGCUACCUUAUUUUGAUAUAUGUGUGGCCAACAUUCCCUACCAAAUUUCAUCUCCACUUACUUUCAAGUUACUAAACCACCAACCUUCAUUCAGGUGUGCAAUCAUCAUGUUUCAGAGGGAAUUUGCAAUGAGACUGGUUGCUCAGCCUGGGGACAAGCUAUAUUGUCGUCUCACUGUCAACACCCAACUCUUAUCACGAGUUUCACAUCUUCUCAAAGUUGGGAGGAACAACUUUCGUCCUCCCCCAAAAGUGGAUUCCUCCGUGGUUCGAAUCGAGCCAAGGAAGCCACGGAUUGAAGUGAAGCAAAAGGAAUGGGAUGGAUUCCUGCGAAUUUGUUUCAAUCGAAAGAACAAAACGCUGGGUUCGAUCUUUAGGCAGAAGAGUGUCAUCAAUUUGCUGGAGAAGAACUACAAGACUGUUCAAGCACUAAAGCUCUCAGGACAGAGUAGUUCCAUGGAAGAAACGGGUGAUCAUAUAGACUUUUCGAAACUCGGGGAGGCCAAUGAAGAUUUAAGUAUGGAUUUAGAUGAUGAUGUUGAUGACGAUGAGGAUUUUGAUGGAGCUGAUGAAGAAAUGGAAGUGGAAGAUGGUAAUGUAGGAGGGGAGACAUCUGAGUUCAAAGCCAAAGUCUUGGCAGUGUUAAAGGAAGGUGACUUUGAGGAGAAGAGAUCAUCUAAGUUGACACUACAAGAAUUCUUAUACUUGCUCUCUUUGUUUAACAAAGCUGGCAUACACUUCUCCUGAUUUUGAUUUUGAGUGUAAUUUAUAACCAAAAUUUCAAGAUUUUAAGAUUUUGAUUUCUCUUAUUUUAUAAUUUUGUAAAAGCUUUUCCCACACAAGGUAUUACUAGUUAAAUUAUUCUUGUUGCUCAGUGAGUUGAAUGAGCACGAGAAAAAAAAAAACUUGAGACCAAGAGGAUUAUUGGGUGUUUCGGCUCUGUUAUAUGAACUUAGAUCUUUAGUAACUAGGGAACUAUACAUAAUUGCUCGUGCUUUAUUAGAUUUUUAUUUAAA